AUGUCCUCUCCGACGUCAGGUGCGCCGCCGCGCCGCCCGCAGCGCAGCGUGCGCCUUCCUCCAUCACGGCCCCAGGACGGAACAGCGGCGCAGCAGGGCGCACCACGCGAUCCUGCCAUCGCCAAAGCACUGCAGCUCUCGACCUUUGAACAGGAUGCUUACUCGACCGAGGACUUUGUCUCGACGCUCAGCGAGAAGCUCAUUGCCGAGAGCAAGGCUAGCACCGGACCAUUUGACCCAGUCCCCUUCAUGCAGGCGUUCUCACCGGCGCUUGACUCCCUUCUUGCUUUGCGAUCACAAGUUACAGAACGGACGAAGAAAAUGGAGAGCGAAGUACGACGUGCGAAUCGCGAGUACGGGAAGCGGUUGCGUGAGCUGGACAGCGGGUUCGAUCACGUUGGCAGCUCGUUCUCCCAUCUUGAGAGCAAGAUGAGUGACGUGGGGCGUACAGCCACGCGAGUUGGCGAGCAGCUCGAGAGCCUGCACCAAACACGCUCGACGGCACAAGCGGUUUCCCUCUUACUGUCCUACUACCUCUCACUCGUCCACCAGACCGGCAGAUCGGACGCGACGGCGUCACCCCUGGAGCAGCUGUAUGCCGAGAAGGGCUCGCGCGAGGGUCGUAUACGGCUCGCUCUUGUGCUGCGACGGUUGACAGCCGUGGCAAAGGACGUUGCGGACAGCGCCGCGGCUGCGCUCUCUGACGCUGAGGCCGCCGCUGCCAAGGACGGGCAGACGACCAGUGGUGACGGCGCAUCGCCGGCUCACCGUAACGUGCUUCAUCGUCGCGCAGAAAAGGAGAAGGCGGAUCGCGUGAGCUCCGAGGUCGAGAAAUACUGCGAGAGGUUUGAACGCGAGAUGCUCAAGCUCUUUGAUCGCGCCUACCGCAAGGGAGACCCAAGAAUGAUGGCGCAUUGCGCCCGCGUCCUGCAGGAUUUCAACGGCGGCAUGUCCUGCGUGCAGGUAUAUGUGAAUCAGCACGACUUCUUCAUCAAGAGGGAGUUGAUGUUGGAAGAAGCAGGCGCAAACAGCGACACCGAUUUCUGGCGCUGUAUCGGUGACCCGGACACUUCGCCACCGACAACCGAGCUGGGACUCUCGACGUUGUUCAAAGCGAUCCGCGACACCAUGUCUCAAGAGGCGCAAAUCGUCAAGGCCGUGUUCCCCAACCCGAGUGCUGUUUUGCAGGUGUUUUUGCAGCGCACGUUUGCUCAGGUCAUCCAGCAGCACAUCGAGACAAUUGUCAAUCGCGCCUCCGGCAUCUCGACUCUCGCCUCACUUCGUGUUCUUCACUUAACCCACGCGAUGUGCGUGUCACUAGUCGAGGACCUCAAGGGGUAUGAGGGGACGUUGGGCAUAGGGCCGGCCAAGUUGACGGAUGCGGGCACCGGUCCGCUCGCGGCGAUGCUCGACCAGGCGCUCGAGGAGAUUUACGUUCCCUGGCUGGAAGGGACGCGCUACCUCGACAGCGAGAGCAAAAACCUCGUGGAGCUGUAUGGCGGUCUCCUUUCUCGUUUCACGCGGUAUCACGAGACUGUGCUUAAGGCGAAGCCGAACUCGCUUCUUGACCGCGUAGUUGGACAAGUACCCACAGUGCAGGCGACGGCUGCAAUCUCCAAGUACGCCAACUUCUUCACCAAUACAAUCACUUCCAGCGCGACGUCGGCUUUCUCCUCGGACAAGACCAAGGGACAGGCGCCCGAGAAGCCCGCUCGCUCUGCCUCGCGUUUAAGUGUGCAGGGGUUGCAGGGACUGACACCGCGUCCCGCCUUGUCACGGCAUGACAGCCUGCGCAGUGGCGCCGAAAGUCCCGUGGAGCGCGUGGACCCCGCGGACGGCAUUCUCGCUAUUCCCAUGGCGGAGCGUAUGCUGCGAUGGCACGCAGAGGCGAUCGGCCGCGUUGUCGAGCUUUCUCCAUCCACAGAUGUGCCGAAGAAUGUCAUGGCACUGAGCAAGGUUCUCUCUGAGGCAUUUGGACGUAGCUUCACCGAGACCGCGCUCGAAAGCGGCGUCGCCAAACUCGAGCAGGGAGAUCCACGUGCCGAGCCCGAUCUGGGCGUGCUGAAGGUGUUGAAGAAUGCCAACUUCGUGUGCCAGCUGUGGCAGCGGUACAGCUUGACAGCGCUGGUUCCGCUCACAAGCUCUGUACCUGUCGUGCGGCGCGAAAUGACGACGUUCAAUCAGCACAAUGUCGUGCUGCUCGAGGGCAAGAUCAACGCGCUGGUGCAGAAGGCUGUGGAUGUGAUCGUAUCAUGGCUGGCGCUGCUUCUCACCAAGCAGCGCAAGAACGACUAUAAGCCUAAGAACGACGAGUUGAGCUUUGCACGGACCAACACCGAGCCAUGUGAACUCAUCUGCGAGUUCCUCGCCAAUCUGCAGGAAGCGGCGACCGCGCUCUCGGGGAAGAACCGAGAGGCGUUCCUCCUUGAGGUCGGCGUCGCCUUCCACUCUCUCCUUCUCGACCACUACAAGAAGUUCCCCGUGAACCCGACUGGCGGCCUGAUGCUCACGAAAGACCUCGCGAGCUACCAGGAGGCGGUUGUGGCGUAUGGCAUUCCGGCCCUGAACGACCGGUUCGACAUGCUGCGCCAGCUGGGCAACUCGUUCAUCGUGCAGCCGGACGUGCUGCGCUCGUACAUGACCGAGUCGCACCUGGGCCGCAUCGACGCCCGCCUCCUCCGCCCUUACCUGCAGCAGCGGAGCGACUGGUCCUCGUUCUCAGCGAGGCUGGUGUUCGACGAUGCGCCCGACGACUCGCCCGCCCCCAGUGGCACCUCGACGCCACUGGCGGGCAGCGUGAGCGCGAACGCGCGCCGCGCAGGCCACAGACUGAGCGCGAUGAGCGGCGUAGCCGGCGCAGGCAUGGCGGCGGGGUACGCGCGCCUGCGCGAGGCGCUGCGCGAGUUUGAGAGUCUCACGGACGACAAGAAGGGCGCGGGGGCCACCGGCACCGCGGCGACCGCUGCGCCGCCCAGCGCCUUCAGCCGCGCUAACAGCGGCGCGAGCGUCGCGAACGCGCCCACGCGCCGCGCAUACGUCCCCAACUUUCCGUAUAUGCCGCACCAUUGA